UUGACGGCAGUGAAUUAAUCGUGUGUAGGCAAAAUACUAUGGACAUAAUCUUUCGAUUCGAAAUGUAUGUUGGUUGGCUUACAUAAAUGUAACAAAGUAGUAUGACAUUUUGUACAUCAGCGAUGCUUUAUUGCAAUGUAACGUGGUUGUCGUUGUUCCCAUAUGCCGCGUGAGUUUGCAACUUGUUCUAAUGUUAUUCUGACUUAUUCCACUACGUUCUUGUAUUACUCAUUUAACGAUAAAGUGGUUAAAACGAUAAGUUAGUCGUGUAAGGGACUCUCAAUAGUCGAUAAGUGUCGUUACUUGGUGACGUCCUUGCUUGUAGAUUUUACUAUUUUGCAUUUAUUACUUUAUUGUUUGUUCUUAGGAAAUGGAACUCAUGGAAGUGUAUCAUUAUCUCAUCGAAAAAAUAUCAGAUCCCCGGGUGGCUAAAUGGCCGCUGAUGGCUAGUCCUUUUCCAAUAGCAACAGUUAUUUUGGCAUAUUUACUUUUUGUUCUCUACAUUGGACCAUGGUUCAUGAAGAAUCGGCAGCCUUAUUCACUUAACAGAGUGAUGAUUUUUUAUAAUAUUUUUGUUGCAUCUGCAAGCGCUAUAGUUUUUUAUGGAUUACUCACAUCUGGCUUCACUACAAAACUCUCGUGGGGUUGUGAACCGGUCGAUUUCUCUUAUGAUCCGGAGCCUAUGAGUAUGGCCAGAUGGGUAUGGUGGUUGAUGAUUCUAAAAAUGUGUGAGCUCGGGGAUACUAUAAUUUUUGUAUUACGUAAAAAAUUCAAUCAAACAUCUUUUCUACAUAUUUAUCAUCACGCUACAACAGUCUGCCUCGCUUGGAUUGCUUGUAAAUAUGCACCUGGUGGCAUGUGGACAUUCAUUAUGAUACCAAAUUGUUUGGUCCAUAUUAUUAUGUAUACUUACUAUUUAUUAGCAAGCUUAGGACCACACAUACAGAAAAAACUUGCACCUUGGAAACCUUGGAUAACAAUUCUACAAUUGGUCCAGUUCACUAUAAUGGUCAUUCAUACAUCGCAAUCUCUACUGCCAUCCUGUGAACCAACGCGGAAACCACUAGCAUUUAUUUAUAUGUCUCAAGUGCUUAUAAUGUUUUAUUUAUUUUUAGAUUUUUAUAAGAAAACGUAUCUAAGUAAAAAAUCCGAGUAGUUAAAAGUGUGCGUUCAAAUCAAAUAUAUUUAACUAAAAAUUGCGGUAAAGGCAAGAUAUGCCUGUUUUUGUACUUUUUUCUUAACAGUAAAGUUUGGAAGAUCCUCACUUUGCAAUUCCACUAAAUUAUUUAUAUGAAUCGAAUCCAUGUCAAUUUUUCAACAUUUUACAAAAAAACACUUCCUUAUAUGAAAAAAUUAUUGUGAGCCCUCACGUUGUAGAUAGUUAUAAGCGGCCUGAAUUACCUCCGUCACUAGUGCAUGCUGGCAUCGAAUUAGCAUAGUGGAUUAGUGUGUUGGAGGUUUUAAGUCGACAUGCAUGGUCGCACGCCGAUAAGACUUUAUUAACGCGUACAAGCUAUCUAUCCUUUUCUCGCGCUAUUUCAAUGGCGUGUGAGUUACACCCAGUUCUAUACAACAAUAUUUUUUCCAGUUUUAUAAGAAUAUGUAGCUUUUUAUAUAUCACCUAUCUCAAUCGCUUCCAUGCAGUCUUAAUCACGAAAAUAUAUGUACACCAUAAUUAUCGAUUAGUAAAAUUACACUCAAUAUCAAGUACAUUCAUAUUUUAUUUCUCGCAGAGUUUGCAUAUAAAAUUUUUAACGAUUGUACUAUUAAAAUGGUAUGAAAAUUAAACGGGUGAAAGUGUCGCAAUAAACCUCUUAUUCUAAUAGAAACAAGUUCUGUAUAUGAAAAUAAUUAAAUCAUUCAUCAAAUACUAAA